UUAGAACAGAAGAACAUUAGAACAGGAGAACAUGUGGACUGAUCAGGCUGCUUCUCUUCUCUGCUGCCAUGUUCACAACAUUAUAAUGUAAACUAUACGAUCAUAAUCAUUCCCGGUCUGUCCUCCAUGUCUCCUCAUGUCAUCUGUCCUCGAUGUCUCCUCAUGUCGUCUGUCCUCCAUGUCUCCUCAUGUCGUCUGUCCUUCAUGUCUUCUCAUGUCGUCUGUCCUCCAUGUCUCCUCAUGUCGUGUGUCCUCCAUAUCUCCUCAUGCUCGUCUGUCCUCCAUGUCUCCUCAUGCUUGUCUGUCCUCCAUGUCCCCUCAUGUCGUCUGUCCUCCAUGUCUCCUCAUGUCGUGUGUCCUCCAUGUCUCCUCAUGUCGUCUGUCCUCCAUGUCUCCUCAUGCUUGUCUGUCCUCCAUGUCUCCUCAUGUCGUGUGUCCUCCAUGUCUCCUCAUGCUCGUCUGUCCUCCAUGUCUUCUCAUGCUCGUCUGUCCUCCAUGUCUCCUCAUGCUUGUCUGUCCUCCAUGUCUCCUCAUGUCGUGUGUCCUCCAUGUCCCCUCAUGUCAUCUGUCCUCCAUGUCUCCUGAUGUCGUCUGUCCUCCAUGUCUCCUGAUGUCGUGUGUCCUCCAUGUCUCCUCAUGUCGUGUGUCCUCCAUGUCUCUGAAGCUGAAGGUGGUGGCCAUAGAUGGAGAGCUGAACGUGCUUCACCAGAACAAUGUGCAGUUUGACUCCGAGCUACCUGAGUUCAGGACUCAGGGAGGAGUUCAUAUCCAUGCUGACAGACUGACAGUCACCUCUCCUGUACUGAUGUGGGUGAAGGCUCUGGAUCUGCUAUUGGACAAGAUGAAGGGGGCGGGGUUUGAAUUCUCCCGUGUCAGAGCGUUGUCAGGCAGCGGCCAGCAACACGGCAGUGUGUUCUGGAGGAGAGGAGCCUCUGACACCCUGAAACAGCUCGACCCGGACCAGAACCUGAACCAGCUGCUGCAGGACUCCUUCUCAGUGUCAGACUGUCCCGUGUGGAUGGACUCCAGCAGCAGUCAGCAGUGUCAGGACCUGCAGGCAGCAGCAGGAGGAGCCCUGAGACUGGCAGAGAUCACCGGAUCCAGAGCCUAUGAGCGUUUCACAGGAAACCAGAUCGCCAAAGUGCGGCAGACCCGAGCAGAGGACUACCAGAACACUGAGAGGAUCUCAUUGGUCAGCAGCUUUGCAGCCUCCCUGUUCCUCGGUGAUUACGCCGCCAUCGACUACAGCGACGGUUCGGGAAUGAAUCUUCUGGACAUCAGGACCAGAAACUGGUCUGAGGUCUGCCUGGAAGCCACGGCUCCUCAUCUGGACCGAGUGCUGGGAGCUCCACUACCGUCCACAUCUGUGCUGGGUCCGAUCUCCUCUUACUUUGUGCAGCGAUGGGGUUUCUCCGAGAGCUGCAGAGUGGUGGCCUUCACUGGAGACAACCCAGCGUCUCUGGCAGGAAUGAGGCUGCAGCAGGGAGACGUGGCGGUGAGCCUGGGUACCAGUGAUACCGUGUUUCUGUGGAUCCAGCAGCCUCGCCCGGCGCUGGAGGGUCACAUCUUCUGUAACCCCGUGGACUGGCAGGCGUACAUGGCUCUGCUGUGCUUCAAGAACGGAUCUCUGACCAGGGAACGUGUCCGGGACGAGUGUGCCGGAGGAUCAUGGGAACGUUUCUCCGCCGCCUUGAGAGACACGCCACUCGGAAACCAUGGAAACAUAGGCUUUUAUUUUGACAUCAUGGAGAUCACACCUCCUGCAGUAGGAGUUCACCGCUUUGACCCGCACGACAACAAGGUGUCCUCACUGAGUCCUCAGGUGGAGGUCCGGGCACUGGUGGAGGGCCAGUUUCUGUCCAGGAGACUCCACGCUGAGAGGCUGGGAUACUCCAUAAGUAAGACCUCCUCCUCUCCUCUCCUCCUCUCCUCUCCUCUCUUCUCCUCUCCUCGUGUCCUUCAGGUUCUGUCUGAUGUCUUUAACGCUCCGGUUUACACCAUCGACCUGUCCAACUCCGCCUGUCUGGGAUCAGCCUACAGAGCGUUUUCAGGUGUGGUUGCAGAAUCUGGACUUUCCUUCGUUGAUGUGGUGAAGACAGCACCAGAACCACGACUGGUGGCUACACCACAUGCUACAGCACAGGAGGUGUACGACCUCAUGCUGCAGCGCUACGCCCGAUUGGAGGAGAGAGUCCUGCAGGAGACCCGCCCCUGAUCUGCAGCCACCAAUCAGCUCUGUGGAAGAAAUAAUGAACGCCAAGAACGACGACGAUAAGAAUCCUGAAUAUGAUUGACAGAAUAAUGAGUUAGAAACAAAAAGCACUUUUACUGAAAUGAACUUUAUU